UGACAUUGCCUCCUGUUGUCGGCCAGCACAACAUGAUGACCGAAGGUUGCCUGAGACUGCAUUCACUCUAUCGAUGAGAAGAGGCGUCACCAACAGCGACAGUGAGGGUCAUGGCCAUCUUCGCCAACCCAACCUCUGUAGCAUUUUCCAAGGUCUUGGAGAUCAAGAAAACCCUCCUUCAAGGCUUCAACUCCUUCAAACACCUCAAGCACGUCCACGCCCACAUUCUCCGUCUUGGCCUCGACCAGGACAACUAUCUCCUCAACAUGGUCUUGCGCCGCGGCUUGCAUCUUGGUGAAACUCAUUACACGCGGAUUGUAUUCGACCAAGCCAGAGAACCCAACAUUUUUCUCUGGAACACGAUGGUCCGGGGAUUGGUUUCCAACGACUGCUUCCACGAUACCAUUGAAUAUUAUUGUAUGAUGCGGAGAGAGGGAUUCUUGCCCAACUGUUUCACUUUUCCUUUUGUUCUUAAGGCAUGCGCUAGACUUUUGGAUUUUCAACUGGGGGUGAAGAUUCAUACCCUCGUGGUGAAAGAGGGGUUCGACGACGAUGUCUAUGUGAAAACCAGUUUGCUCUGCUCGUAUGCUAGUUGCGGCUAUAUGGGACACGCACGUAAGAUUUUCGACGAUAUUCCGGAGAAGAAUGUCGUCUGUUGGACAGCAAUCAUUAGUGGGUACAUCGGUGUUGGUCAGUAUGGGGAAGCUAUUGACAUGUUUCAGAUGUUGCUGGAGAUGGGCUUGCAGCCUGACAGUUUUACCAUUGUUAAGGUUUUGUCCGCGUGCACUCAACUAGGGGACUUGAGAAGUGGAGCGUGGAUAGAUGGAUACAUGGCAGAGAUUGGCAUGGGGAGGAAUGUAUUUGUGGCUACUUCUUUAGUGGACAUGUACGCCAAGUGUGGAGACAUGGAGAAAGCGCGGUGUGUCUUUGACAGGAUGAGCGAGAAGGAUAUAGUUACAUGGAGCACCAUGAUUCAGAAUUAUGCGCUAAAUGGACUCCCUAAAGAAGCUCUGGACCUUUUCUUCCAGAUGCGGAGAGAAAACCUGAAACCUGAUCGUUAUGCAAUGGUUGGAGUUCUUUCUGCUUGUGCAAGGUUAGGUGCGCUAGACUUGGGGGACUGGGCAAGUCGGCUGAUGGAUAGGAAUGAGUUUUUAACUAACCCUGUUCUUGGUACAGCGUUGAUUGAUAUGUAUGCAAAAUGUGGGAGCAUGGUUCAAGGCUGGGAAGUCUUUAAAGGGAUGAAGGAAAAAGACCGAGUUGUCUGGAAUGCCAUCAUAUCAGGGCUUAGUAUGAAUGGGCAUGUCAAAGCCGCAUUUGGACUAUUUGCCCAAAUCGAGAAAACUGGGAUUCAGCCUGAUGGAAACACUUUCAUUGGCCUUCUCUGUGGGUGUACCCAUGCAGGUCUAGUUGAUGAGGGUCGUCGAUAUUUCAAUAGCAUGGACCUCGUAUUUUCCGUGACACCUACAAUCGAGCAUUAUGGAUGUAUGGUGGAUCUUCUAGGUCGUGCAGGAUUAUUAGAUGAAGCUCAUCAAUUGAUAACAAGUAUGCCCGUGGAGGCCAAUGCUAUUGUUUGGGGAGCUUUGUUAAGUGGAUGCAGGCUACAUCGAAACACCAAGUUGGCAGAACAUGUAUUGAAGAAACUCAUUCAGUUAGAACCAUGGAACUCAGGAAAUUAUGUUCUCUUAUCAAAUAUUUAUUCAGUAAGCCAUAGAUGGGAUGAAGCAGCAUUGCUGAGGUCCACCAUGAAUGAGAAAGGGAUCCAAAAGAUACCAGGGUGUAGUUGGAUUGAAGUAGAUGGGGUUGUUCAUGAAUUUCUUGUGGGAGACAAGUCUCACUACUUGUCAGAAAAGAUAUAUGCAAAACUCAAUGAAUUGGCUAUGGAAUUGAAAGCAGCAGGCUAUGUUCCAAGUACAGAUUUUGUCCUGUUCGACGUUGAAGAGGAGGAGAAGGAACAUUUCCUUGGUUGUCAUAGUGAGAAACUGGCUAUUGCAUUUGGUCUAAUUAGUACAUCUUCAAAAGAUGUGAUUCGAGUGGUUAAAAACCUCCGUGUCUGCGGUGAUUGCCAUGAGGCCAUUAAGCUGAUUUCUAAAUUUACAGGAAGAGAGAUAAUUGUUCGGGAUAACAACCGAUUUCAUAGUUUCGUUGAUGGUUCAUGUUCAUGCAGAGAUUAUUGGUGACGCAUUGAGACUCGAUAGGAAAUUAACACCAGUUUAAGUUCUAAAGAACCUGAUCUCUUUGUAUUUUCUCAAGAUGCAAAUUGUUUGUUGCAUUCUUUCUCCAAAGAGAGGGAGAAGUACUUCUCACCACAUUUAUAUGUCAAAAGAAACCAUGUAGAUUAUACAAUUUUGAAUGAUUAAUGACAUGGCCCUGGAGUCUGUUGUUCUAAGCU